AUGGCAGUAGAAUCCAAGGCCGAACAGCGCUUCCGCGUGGCCAUUGUGGGUGGCGGUCUAGGCGGGCUAGCGCUGGCCCAGAUGCUGAGGUCGAACGAGCGAGUGCAGGUGACGGUGUAUGAGCGGCAGGUGGAGGUGACAGACCGGCUGGCCGGCUACCGGAUCCAGAUGGAGCGAGGGGCGAUUGCGAUGCUGACGAGCCGGGUAUCAGCGGGAGUAGGAAAGAACCUGGAACGGAGCAUUGGCGAGCAGCCGGCAUCGGGACACGCCUACUCCAACAUCCUCAAGCUCGUCGAGGAGCCACGCCCGUGGUCCGACGGUGCCGUCACCCUGCUGGGCGAUGCCACACUCAACAUGUCCCCGUAUACCGGCAAGGGCGCGUCGCUCGCCGUGGCCAACGCCCUCGAGCUGGCAAAGUGCCUCGACCAAGACGACUUUCUCGACUGUUUGGAACGACGGCGCACACUGCUCAAUGGCUACGUUAAGACCAUGAUCAAGCGUCGACGCAAACAGCGCAAGGCGGGCGUCUUUGUCCCGCGGCUUGUCUUCUCCGGCAAGAACUCGGUCAAGGUCGACUUGCGCGACAGCCUGUUCCGCAUCGUCAACGUCGCCGGCCACAGCAUGGUUGGUGUGCGCAGAGUGGUGGGGAGUAACCGGUCACCUCACGUCGUCCUUAAAAUUGAGCCAGUGUGA